CCACAUAAUAAGUGCUAAAGCUGAACAAUAGAAGAAAGCCAAACAAACAGAAAGAAAAGUAACCCUUCCACUUUAACUGCAGGAUGUAUAAUAUGUGACCAGCCACUUCCUCCUUUAUGUUUCCAACAACGAUCACAAGCUUGUGGGUGUGUGGAAGCAGCAGCCUGGGAAUCAGCCGAGCCUGAUCCAGACACAGACUACAGGCCGUCCUUGGGCACAGGCCCGGAUUUACAAUAUGGCUGAGUCUGGUCCAGCUGCGGAGUUCCGACCUGUGGAACUGGGAGGGAAGAAUCUCCCUAUUUCAGAUGACCCAAAGGACACUGCAAGCAAGAAGGAACAAGAGCCGUCAUCUUCUCAAAAUGCUGUGCCACCCUACCUUAUGAGAAAGUUUUUUGUGGCUAGGCCGGGAGCAUUUGAGCAGGCCAAUGAAGACUUGAGAAACCAAAUUUUGACAAAGGAAAAUGAAACUGUAAACAGUGCCUGGCUUUUGGCAGAAGUUGAUCAUUGGAACAACGAGAAGGAACGGCUUGUUCUUAUCACUGAUAAAAGCCUUUUCAUUUGUAAAUAUGACUUUAUCAUGCUGUGCUGCCAGCAGAUUCAAAAGGUUCCUCUCAACUUCAUUGACAAACUAUGUCUUGGACCUUUCACAUUCCCUGAGAGAUCUCUUGACAAGAGAGAAGGAGAGGGUCUUCGAGUUCAUUGGGAUAAAUUGCGUGAACCCACUUUUGCCAAUCGUUGGAAUCCAUUUUCAGAAGUUUUACCUUACACUACAUUUAUUGAUCACCCACUAAAAAGCUCCUCUGAAAAGUUCUCAGUAAUCUGCCAGGUGUUCUGUUGGCCAUCCCAUACAAUCCCUUGGCCUAUUGCCGAACUGAUCAAAGGCAACCUCAAACACCCUCCUGCUAGCCAUCACUACGCCUGCCCACUUGAUGCCAGCCCUGUUGAUUGCCGCCAGCCCCCCCCAUACACAAUUUUGCUCCCUCCAGUUGCACCUAAGGCACCUGCCUACCUCUAUUUUUGGUCGUGCUGCUUAUUCAUGGAUAAAACUGGAAGCUGGGCCAGAAGCUGGGCAGUAUUUCUGGUUUUGCCGACAGCCUGAUACAUGCUGUAGAAGAAGCUCAUAAGGAGAAUCCUGUACCAGGCAGAGCCAAUGGAGCCCUGGUCCUCAAGCAGCCAAUUGCGAUAGAAACUUAUGUUGGAUUAAUGUCCUUUAUUGGAAAUCGCAACAAACUUGGCUAUUCGCUUGCCAGAGGAAGUGUUGGUUUUUGAAAUGGAUUCAUUUGUUGAACUUGGUGAAUGUUUGCAGCAGCUGCAAUUAUACUAUAUUAUGUUAUCAUUGUUUUGGUUUCAGUGGCUUGGUAGGUGUAGGCAUAUUACUUUAUCAUUAACAUAGUAAAAUAAUAAAUAUGCGGUUACAUAUUACAAUUCAAGAUCCAAAUGUUAAUUCUAUCUAGCCAUUUAAGUACGUUUUUACAAAUAGCCCUGUGAGAUGCGAGGCAUACACCUUGUACAAAUAUUCCAUAUACAAAAUCACUUAGCUGAUACACUGAUAUUGACCUUUCAUAAAUUAAGAUUUAUAUAAAACGUGCCAUCAAUUUUUGUACUUACUAUUAAAAACAUUUAUUUAACAAUAA